AUGAGUCUUUGGGUAGACAGAUAUCGUCCAAAGAAGUUGAGCGAGCUCACUUAUCAUUUGGAACAGGCUUGUGAUCUAGCCGAACUGGUGAAAACAGAAGACUUCCCUCAUCUUCUAGUCUAUGGGCCUACUGGCGCGGGAAAACGAACGAGAAUCCAUUGCAUUCUGAGAGAGUUAUAUGGUGCUGGAGCGGAACGCCUACGUCUUGAUAAAAAGUCGCUUACCACACCUUCUAAUCGUAAAAUUGAGAUAGAUACAGUAAGCAGCAAUUAUCACAUCGAGAUCAAUCCUGGUGAGGUAGGCAUAUAUGAUCGAGUUGUGGUACAAGAAGUCAUCAAACAAAUGGCGCAGACGACACAGAUCGCGAGUGCUACGCAAAAGAGCUUCAAAGGUGAGGAAGCGCCAUUGUGCAAAUUACUGCUGACUUAUUCGCAACUGCUUGUUGUUUUUGCAAUCAAUUAG